CAAGAAAAACUUACCAGUCCAGUCAUUGAUCAGAUUCCGGCGAGUGCAGUGGUGUUCAGUGGAGUUUCAACGUUGAUAUAGGGGAUUAAUUGGUAACUUCCUACCUUAGGAGAUAUUAGUUUUGAUUCCCAUUCGGACGGAAAAAAGAAGCAGUAUCAGCAGCCAUGGCAGCCAAAAUUCAGGCCGGACCGGUGGUGGACAUCCUGGGCGAUGAGAUGACCCGCAUAAUCUGGGAUUCGAUCAAGGAGAAGCUGAUUCUGCCAUUCCUGGACAUCGAGCUGCACACGUACGAUCUGGGAAUCGAGAACCGUGACAAAACGAACGACCAGGUGACGAUCGAUUGCGCCGAAGCGGUCAAGAAGUAUAACGUGGGUAUCAAGUGUGCCACCAUCACGCCGGACGAGGCUCGCGUCAAGGAGUUCAAUCUCAAGCAGAUGUGGCGCUCGCCGAACGGAACAAUUCGUAAUAUUCUCGGUGGGACCGUGUUCCGAGAGGCCAUCAUUUGCAAGAAUGUGCCCCGGCUAGUGCCCGGAUGGGAGAAGCCGAUUGUUAUCGGUCGUCAUGCUCACGGUGAUCAGUACAAGGCUACGGACUUUGUUGUCCCCAGUGCCGGCACUUUGGAGAUCAAGUUCACCCCCACGGCGGGCGGAAAACCGAUCAACUACGUUGUGCACCAGUACAAGGGACCUGGAGUUGCCAUGGCCAUGUACAACUUGGAUGACUCAAUUGUUGAUUUUGCUCAUUCGUCCUUCAAGGUCGCUCUAGACCGCAAAUUUCCACUGUAUCUUAGUACGAAAAACACUAUUUUGAAGAAGUAUGAUGGACGUUUCAAAGAUAUUUUCCAGGAAAUCUACGACAAAGAUUAUAAAAAGCAGUUUGAAGCUGCAGGUAUUUGGUACGAACAUCGUCUAAUCGACGAUAUGGUGGCAUACUGCAUGAAAGCCGAAGGAGGAUUUGUGUGGGCAUGCAAAAACUACGACGGCGACGUCCAGUCUGAUACCGUUGCCCAGGGCUUCGGAUCGUUGGGAUUGAUGACCUCGGUAUUAGUCUGCCCUGACGGUAAAACCGUGGAAGCCGAGGCCGCCCAUGGAACCGUUACCCGCCACUACCGCUUCUAUCAGCAGGGCAAAGAAACCUCGACUAACCCGAUCGCAUCGAUCUUUGCUUGGACUCGGGGUUUGCUGCACCGUGCCAAGCUGGACAGUAACGACGCGCUGAAGACAUUUGCCGAAACGUUGGAGAAGGUCUGCAUCGACACAAUCGAGGCGGGUUUCAUGACCAAAGAUUUGGCCAUUUGCAUGAAGGGUAUGGCCAACGUUACUCGGGCCGAUUAUUUGGAAACAUUCGAGUUCAUGAAUAAGCUGGGUGAUAAUCUGAAAGCUGCUUUGGUUUAAAUUGUUUUUCCUAAGCUAGUGCUAGCCGCUUUGGGAUGGGCAUUUAGCUGUACAAUAGCGUAAGCGGGACUGCAAAAUUCUCAGAGAACAUUGUGCUGGACAAUUUUUGU